GGUUCUGGGUUCAGGGUGAGCCGUUGAGCUGAGGCCCGCGCGCCGCCCGAGACUUGAGGAUCGAAGAAGCAAGCCGAGCGCGGGAGAGCCGAAUCGGCCAGACCCCGGGAGCCUUCAGCCUAACGGCCUGCAUUGUUUUCGUGAGGGUGGAAGCGCGGAGGGACGGGGACGGGCUACUCCCCCCUCCUCCCCCCCCGCGACUCCGGAGCGACGAGUUCCAUUUUAUUUGUGCAGAAUUCUUAUAAUGCAGAGAAUAGCAAAAAUGGCUCAAGCAGCAAUGGCAGCAGCAGCAGCAUCUAGUCAUGAUGAGGACUCAUCUGAAAGCAGAAUGGUGGUUACCUUUCUCAUGUCAGCCCUUGAGUCAAUGUGCAAAGAGCUUGCCAAGUCUAAGGCAGAGGUUGCCUGCAUUGCUGUGUAUGAAACAGAUGUGUUUGUGGUGGGCACUGAGAGAGGAAGAGCCUUCGUCAAUACGAGAAAAGAUUUUCAGAAGGAUUUUGUGAAGUACUGUAUUAAUGAAGAAGCAAAAGCUGUAGAAUUGCAGAAGGCAAAAUCAUCCUCUCUUGAUAACAGGAUGACUGUAGAUGUUGUGGAAAUGGAAGCUCUAAAGAAAUCUGUUGAGGAUUAUUUCUGUAUUUGCUACGGUAAAGCUUUAGGAAAAUCAACAGUAGUUCCUGUGCCAUAUGAUAAGAUUCAGAGGGAUCCAUCUGCUUUGAUAGUACAUGGGCUUCCAGAAGGACUUGCUUUUAAACAUCCCUCCAGCUAUGAUGUCUCAACACUGAAGUGGAUUUUGGAGAACAAAUCUGGAAUUUCAUUUAUCAUCAAAAGACCUUUCCUUGAGCCAAAGAAACAUUUAGGCCGUCUUUCAGAUUCGUCACACAUGAUGACAUCUCCAGGUAUAAGUUCCAUUCAGGUGAAGACUGAGCCCAAUGAAGAUUCUGGACUUGAGAUGGUAACAGUUAAAGAAGAAUCAGAAGACCCUGAAUAUUAUCAAUUUAAUAUUCCAGCAGGUCCUUCAGAAACUUCGGCGAUUGAUGAGAAAAUCGCCAUGGCAAAGUCUUACACAGGGAGCAACCAGGGUUCCGAUUGCAGUGAAGGAACAGAUGUGGAAUUACCAGUAGAAGAUUCUUCUCAGCAUGCCACUUCUGAAACAAGUGAGGAUCCUGAAGUGGAAGUGACCAUUGAAGAUGAUGAUGACUAUUUACCACCACAUAAGAAGACAAAGAGCAUAGAACCAGUUAAUGAUGCUUCCAAUGUGGGGAGAAGAAAAGCUAGAGAGUUCAAUUUUGAGAAAUGGAAUGCCCGAAUUACAGACUUGAGAAAGCAAGUUGAAGAAUUAUUUGAAAGAAAAUAUGCUGAAGCUAUUAAUGCAAAAGGGCCUGUAUCUAUCCCGUAUCCACUCUUCCAAUCUCAUGUUGAAGAUCUGUAUGUGGAAGGAUUACCAGAAGGAAUUCCUUUUCGUAGACCCUCCACUUAUGGGAUCCCACGUCUGGAACGGAUUUUACUGGCAAAGGAACGGAUCCGAUUUGUGAUUAAGAAGUAA